AAGUAUGUAGAAACUACAAUAAAUCAAUAAAAUGAUUAUUCGAUUUAUGUUUAGAUGCAUAUUAUCAUAAGUUGUUCAUCACGUCAUCACAUGGUAGUAAUUUAGAGAUACUUCCUGACUUGUUCGUAGAAACAUGGCAGGUGACUGUCGGUUUGUAGUGGUAUUUUUAAUCGGCCAGUUUUAAAACGUGUAAGUGGGGUUUGCCAAAUUAAAAGGGCGUUUUUUUUUUAUUACUUUGGCCCUUCUGAAUGGAGCUACUGAAUGGGAUAAACAGAAGUGUCUUUUAGCAAACGGUCAUGUUUCACACAACAGAGAGACUCAUGGCAGAGGAAAGUUCGAGUAGCAGUGUAGUGUCUACCGUUAACAGCCGUAGCUUUCAUAUCCGACGGGGCCUUUCCACUCAAGACAGAAGAUCAAGAGAAGGAAUAUUCAGCCUGACAGAUACCGAGGAAGACGUCCAGUUUGAUACUGUUAAGAGAGUACCGUAAAUGUUUGGUGUCUAAAUGGAUUCAGGGGAAAAUGACAUUAUUGCUUUAAUUGCCAAAGUUAUUGCAGAAGCCUCAGACUUGGACAACAAUCGUGAAGUGUUGCUGGCGGGGAGACAGUAUCCAUCGAUCCAGGAAUUUGCCUCUGCCAUUCCCAACCAACUGCUGCUGGGAUCUCUACUGGAGCACUUGUGCUUUGUUUACGAGAGUGAUCCUACACGCUCACGCAUGCUGUUUAAGGUGAUAGGCCAGCGUUUAGCAGCCAUGAACCUCCUGUCACCACUGGCUGUCAGUGAUGAGUUUAGUUCGGUUCGACUACAGCAUAACCGGGCAUUCACAGAGCUCCUGCACGCAACCAGCUCAUCACUCUUCCCUCAGGAACAUAGAUACUUGAGGACAGAUGGCCAGAGCCUAAGGUGAAAACGUUUUCACUUGUAGCAGCUCCACUUACACUGCUUUGUAAUAUACACUACUGUUCAAAGGCUUGGGGUCAAAUAGGAUCUGAUAUUUUAAAUGUUUUUUAAAGAAUCUCUUAUAGCCACAAACACUGUAUUUAUUUGUACAUUAAUAUGUUUUAAAAUGUAAUUGA